AUGGAGGAGUGCUUGGUUUAUCUGCCUGAAGAUCUGAAGAACCUCACACUGCCUGCCAUUGCCGUAGACGCCUCUGCUGCUAUAGAUAGCAUCGUUAAAGAUCUUCAAGAAGUUUCUGAGACCUGUACAGAGACCCCCCAAUACUCGAUAACUCCUCAGUACUCUGUAACCAACACUGAAAUCCAGACUUCUUGCCCUCCAACAACUCAGCCCACACUAUUUGACGACUUAAACAACCUCUUGGAUUCCAGUUCAGCAGCUUUCCCUAGCAGCAAUAAUGAAUUGAUCAAUAGCCUGAUAUUGGCUGCAAGCAAAGCUCCCUCACUCCCGGAGAUCCCAGUAGACUGGGACACUUGUAUGUUGGAUGCAUCGGCUGAACCGACCUGUGAAAUGACUGACAAUUUUCGGCCUCUGCAGGAGAUACCUGCUAGCCCCAUGCAUUCUCUGUUCGGACGCUUUGAAAUAACUAAAUCUUCCUACCUCAACGGAAUCUCCUUAAACGACCGUUUCAUGGACAUAGACACAUCGGUCUUUGAGAAAGAAAUGUCUGGUGCUAGCAGCACCACAACCCAGUUACCGCCUCCUGAGGAUGUCUGGAUUGAGCCUUACUGCAUUGCUCCCUCUUGUAAUUUGAGCAAGAGUGUAAAGGACUCAAAUGAACUUGACCACAUUAUAGGAGCCCUUGUAGGAUACUGACUGUCAUCACACUAACAACUUUCUUGUAGACUCUAAAUUUCUGAAAUGCAAACCUGAAAAGUGUUAACGUUGGAAAGAAA